UGGGAGUCGGUAUAAAGAGAGGAAAUACUCGAUGGCGAUGGCCAGUGAGUUCAGUGAGAGUGCCGUGAUCCUUUUACCGAUCUACCGUGAAAGUCAACGAUGAAGUUACUGUGGCUGUUCACUCUCGGUUGUUCGAUCGUCGUCGUUCUAUCGGAAAGCACAGACUCGAGCGAAAAAGCGUUGCGAGCACGUGCAUCAGCGCAACUCGAGCGAUUGGCCCCCUAUCGAAGAUCAUCGACAGACCAAGGGACGAUCGACGAACAGUGGCAGCUGCUUGAAAACGCCGCCAACGAUCCCGCAAUUAACAAACUCAGCGACCAGCAAAUCUUGGAUAUCUAUCGACUUCUUCCAGAAAAUCUACAGAGAGACGUCAUAGAUCGAGUUGGCGGGAAUCGAGCUAUGAUCGAGAUGCUGGCAAACCAGAAAUACGUGGCGUUCAUGCAAGAUAGGAUAAAACGAUCAGGAUCGAAACGCGAGAUAUACGAUCGCGAUGGAUACGAGUCACCACCAGACGAAUACACGCACGAGUACGCAGGAUACGGGCAUUAUGGAGAGCACAAUGGAGAAAAUCCAGAAUCGUCUGGAUCUGGAUCCGAUUCUGGAUCGAUUCUAAAAGGAUCUGGCAGCCUGAUCGGUGGCAUAGCCAAAGGUAUAAUCAGUGGCCUCGUGAGCGCAUCCAGCAGCGCUUCGAAAGGAUCUUCCUCGAUCUCGGCGCAGAGUUCCCAGACGAGUUCGUCGUCGAGCGACGAUAAACCAAAGCCGAAACCAGAAUAUGGACAAGUUUACUCGUACAACGAUAAGGCGUUCGACAUGUGGGACUUCAAAAAGGCGAUCAUUACCACGUUAAUGCAAGCCGUAAAAGCCAUAAGUGGCGGUGUGAUUGCUUUGAAAGGUCAGCUACUGAAAGGCGGCGCUUACCUUGUUGCGGCCAAGAGCAAAAUUAUCACUAAAACCGGGGAUGCUAUCACGACCUUGGGUCGUAAUAUCGUCAAGAGUGCCGUGCAUCCUCCUCAGCCGCAUCCUGCAUACUUGUACGAUCAUCCUCCGGAAGGUGGUCACGAAGAAAGUUACGACGGACCACCGCCCAGUAUCGAGGAAUAUGGCGAACCUCAUGACGAGUAUCAGGGAAACGGAAAUUAUGAUUCAUCCUCGGAUGUUGCCCAGGCGGGCCUUCUAAUCGUGAAACCAACGAAACCGGACGAUUACGGUUACGAUCAUCACACAGUGGACUUGGACGCCCAAAAACCUGCGGUAACACACUCGGAAGACAAUUACUACGGCCCACCACCGGAACUGCCCCACGAAGACAUCGAAAACACCGUGUUAGGAAAUGCAAACAGCUAUCAAAAUUUUAAUCAAGUCGAUCACAACGUGAAUUCAAAUCCAGAACCGCCGUUGCCCGGCUACGAUCACAUUAAAGGACUCGACCACGCUUCUCUUGCUUCUGGUUCGCUGUCGAACCAUCACGUUCCGCUGUCUAUUCAACAGAGCGUCGAAUAUCCACCGAUACACAUUCAAUACUCUCUUCCAGAUAAAGGCAACUUGCAGAUUUUAAACGGAGAUACGAACGGCAACGAUCUGUCCGUGUACUCGAGCCUAUCGAUCGAUACAGAGCCACAGAAAAUAGAGUCGAUUAAGAUAUCCGCGGAGCUGCCCAAGUUGCAACCGCAUACGAACUUGCAGAACUUGCCAUUGCUGCCGUACUCUUAUCCGCUGCAAGGACCACUGAAGAUACCACUGUGGAAUCCGCAUAUCUCGUCGCCGUAUUGGCAAAAUCAGGGAUUGCUUCAGCCGUACGCUAAUUUCAAUCUUCAUGGCUUGUAUCGAAGAAGAAGCAGUUCGCAGAGGAGAAGAUCCGUCAGCGAGAUUGCGCAACGUAUGAGACUGCAGCGAGGCUAGAACCGAAGAGUAGUCGCAGUGGUCUACUCCUAUUCGUACUACCCGGUCGUCAAUGGAUUCGAAAGAUAUCACAGAUGCUAAAGAAGCCUGGCAUU